AUGGAUCUCGACACCAUCCCCAACCUGCUAGCCGACCAGCGCGAUGCCGCCCCCGAAGAUGUCCAGCACUACUUUCUUCAAUUCGAGGAUCUAUGGGAGCGCAAGUUGUGGCACGAGCUUACCAACGACCUUGUUCUCUACUUCCACAACGACCAGAGCCAGAAGCAGCGCUUGCCUCUGUACAACAACUUCAUCAAGUCUUUCGCCGACAAGAUCAACCAACUGCAGCUUGUUACUCUCGGUCUGAGCACCGCUUCACAAUGCAAGGAUGAUAACGAGCGCUUCGAGUUCCUCACCACUCUCGCCUCGGGCGUAGACAAGCCCGCAUCACAAGACGCCUUCGUUUACGCAAAGACCGCCGUAGCGAACGUCAACUUGCGCCUGGAGAAGUACGACGAAGCUCGCAAGGACCUAGACCAGUGCGAGCAGAUUCUCGACACAUUCGACUCGGUUGAGUCCGUCGUCCACGCUUCCUUCUACCGCGUCAGCGCCGACUACCACCAAGCCAAGCACGAGUUCGCCGCCUACUACCGUACUACUCUCCUCUACCUCGCAUGUAUCGACCUCGAAUCUCUCUCCCUUGAAGAUCGCCAACGUAUCGCAUACGACCUCUCGAUCGCUGCUCUGGUCUCGGACUCAAUCUACAACUUCGGUGAACUUCUUCUCCACCCUAUCCUCGACACACUCCAGAAGACCCAGCACGCCUGGUUGCGUGAUCUUAUCAUCGCCUUCAACAAGGGUGAUCUGGGCGCCUACGACGUCCUGGCUGCACACAUGGGCAAGAACGACCUGCUUAAGGAGCACCAGAACUUCUUGUACCAAAAGAUCAGCUUGUCCGCUCUGACCGAGACCGUCUUCCGCCGCCCACCCCACGACCGCGCCAUGACAUUCACCGAGAUCGCUCAGCAGACAAAGGUCCAACCGAACGAGAUCGAGCACUUGAUCAUGAAGGCACUCAGUCUGGGUCUUGUGCGUGGAACCAUCGAUCAGGUUGCAGAGGUUGCCAGGAUAACAUGGGUCCAGCCCAAGGUGUUGGACAAGGGUCAGAUUGUCAACAUGCGCGAAAGACUGCGUGCUUGGGAUGACGGUGUCAACAAGCUCGGCAACUGGAUCGAGAGUUCAGGCCAGGAGAUCUGGGCCGCAUGA